CGCUUGUUCGUGACGUUGUCAAGAAAAUCGGCUACGACGAUUCAAGCAAGGGUUUCGACUACAAGACAUGCAAUGUUUUGGUCGCCCUCGAGCAGCAAAGUCCUGAAAUCGCCGCAGGUGUACAUACUGACAAGAAAGAGAUUGAUGUAGGCGCUGGAGAUCAGGGUAUUAUGUUUGGUUACGCCACCGAUGAGACGGAAGAAGCUAUGCCAUUGACCCUUCAGCUAGCGCAUCAGUUGAACGAAAAGCUUCAUGCAAUGCGUCGAAGUGGUGAGCUCCCAUGGGUUCGUCCUGAUUCGAAGUCUCAGGUAACAAUCGAGUACAAAUUCGACGGUGGUGCGUGUGUUCCUAUUCGCGUCCACACUGUUGUGUUGUCCACCCAGCACUCUCCGGAUAUCUCUCUAGAGCAGCUUAGGAAGGAAAUUCUUGAAAAGGUUAUUCGAGCUGUUAUUCCCGCUCAUUUCCUCGAUGACAGGACUGUCUUCCAUCUGAAUCCGUGUGGUGCCUUCGUUAUUGGUGGACCCAUGGGAGAUGCAGGACUCACUGGACGCAAGAUUAUCGUUGACACCUAUGGAGGAUGGGGUGCCCACGGAGGUGGUGCAUUUUCUGGGAAGGACCCCACCAAGGUU